AAACACUUCAGAAGAAUCCAAACCCCAGAAAGAGGAAGAAGGAAGAAGAAGGAUGGGGACAAGAGAGGUUUAUGAAGAGAAGCUUAGAACAGGGAAUCUCCAUCACGAUCCUACCCUAAAUCCUGGCCUCGGUACCCCACGUUGCCCUCGCUGUCUCUCUCUUCUCGACCCCAGUGUCGAGAAAGGCGAAUGGACCAUCACCCCCGUCUUGCACGAUGCCACUGCAGUCGCUGGCUCAGGGCUUGGUGGUAUGCUUAGUGUAGUUCAUGGAUUGAACACAGGGCUACCAUACCUACAAAACCGUCUCAAGGGAUCCAAGUGGCUGCCUUUUGUUGUUGGGCUCCCUCCAUUGCUAAUGUAUUCAGUUGCAAGUGCCGCAUUUGGAGGUUAUGUGCUUCCGAAGUUCACUCAACUCACUGUAACAUCAUACUAUGCUGCCUCAAGUGCUUCACAUUAUGGAAUCUCACUUCUCACCAGGCAUAUUGAAGAGAAGCACCAUUCCCAAUCUCAGCAAAUCAAGAGGCUCUGAUAAAUACAAGAAAGAUACAUAUACACUUCAGCAAUUUUGGUUACAUUAGUUGUUACUUGUUACCUAUCCAUCUAGAUGUAUCACACGGUGGGAGUUUAGGUUUUCAUAGUGCGUUUAUUAUUCCAUGUGAAAUGUCAAUAAUGUGAAUGACGUUUCUAUGCACUUUGUUUGAUGCUGCAAUUGGCCAUUUCGUCAAGUUUUGGGUACAUAAAGUGUACUUUGUUGUGUUAAUUGACUUUAGGCAACAGCAAUUUUGUGAAGGACAAUAAUAUUCAUGUUUUUAUUAUAAAUUUAAUUUUGAUGCAUUGA